CCUUCCUCAUCAGCACGAGCGGAAAAGGAAAGCGCAUAACAUAACAAAUUAAACACGCUCCAAGCUCUCUUUCCUUUUUCUCUUCUUCCAAACAAACAGACUAUACAGAAUUCUCUCUCAGAUCCCAGAAAUUCUAACCCUAAAAGACACCACUCGUGACCAAAAUCCCGCAAACAAGAAGAUAGGCACUUUCCCAAUUGACGGCCAAGAUUUCAUGGAUUCCAUGCUGUGCGUUUCGGGUUCGAGAUCGAUCCAGUCAGGGUUAACAAACACCAAUAAUUUCAAAGAGAGGCCAGUUAUAUUUGUAAACGCGGGAGGCGGGGCUAUAAAGAAAGAGGGGGAUAUCAAUCUUGAUAUUGAGAAAGAUUGCUGUUUUGAAGGUGGAGAUGUUAUAAGAACAGAUGAGAGCAUAAUCAAUGGUGGUGAUAUACCUUCUGUUUAUCAAUCAGCAAGGUUUGGUACCAACUUGAGUUACAAGUUCAAUGACAUGCCGGCUGGAGAGUAUUUGGUUGAUCUUCAUUUUGCAGAGAUAGUUUACACUAACGGUCCUAAGGGAAUGAGAGUCUUUGAUGUCUUUAUUCAAGAAGAGAAGGUUAUAUCAGAGCUUGAUGUGUACUCUAUUGUUGGUGACAACAAACCGUUGCAAGUGGUGGAUGUUAGGGUUUCUGUCGGGGAAGAUGGGGUGAUUUUUAUGAGGUUUGAUGGGGUUGUAGGGAGCCCAAUAGUUAGCGGGAUCUAUAUAAAGCAGGCGACAGAAUUGCCAAAAUCUUCGGUUAAACAGGAGCUUUCACUGUGUAACAAUUGCGCCGCUGAAGUAAAAGUUUCAUCUGAUCAGAAUAGAGUUAUGAGGACGAACUCUUUAGCGAGGUAUGAAAAGAAGAUAGAGGAAUUGAAGGCUCAAUGCCAACUCAAGACAGAUGAAUGCCACGAGGCCUGGAUGUCACUGACUGCGGCGAACGAGGAACUCGAGAAGAUUAGGAUGGAACUUGACAACAGGUUCUUCAGAAAUAUGCAAUUAGAUCAAGCCAUGCAAAAGCAAAAGGCAGAAUUGAGAGAUGUUUCUAGACGAUAUGAGUGUGAUAAGAAACUGUGGGCUGCAGCCAUUGAUGAUUUUGAAAAGAAAAUAAAGAUGAUGAAGAUAGAGCACUCGCAACUCUUCCAUGAUGCUCAUGCGUGUGCCAAUACAAUUCCUGAAUUAAACAAGAUGAUAAUUGCAGUUCGAGACAUAGUUGCGCAACAUGAAGACCUCAAACUGAAGUUAAAUGAAGAGCAGGCAAAGAGUAAGAAGCUUUAUAACCAAGCGCUGGAGGCAAAGGGGAACAUAAGAGUGUUCUGUAGGUGCCGCCCGUUGACUAAGGAGGAGAUGUCAAUUGGCUGUCAAACAGUGGUAGAUUUUAGUGCUGCUAAGGAUGGUGAUCUUACAGUAAUUACAAAUGGCUCCACUAAGAAAAAUUUCAAAUUUGAUCGAGUCUACGCUCCCAAGGACGAUCAAGUUGAUGUCUUCGCGGAUGCUUCUGCUCUGGUGACCUCCGUGUUAGAUGGUUACAAUGUUUGCAUAUUUGCAUACGGGCAAACUGGAACCGGAAAGACUUUCACUAUGGAAGGUACCAAGCAAAACCGAGGAGUCAACUACCGAACUUUACAUCAAUUAUUUAAAAUUGCUCAGCAAAGGAAAGAAACUGUCACAUAUGACAUUUCUGUUAGCGUACUUGAAGUUUACAAUGAGCAAAUCAGAGACUUGCUAGCCACCUCAACAACAACAACAAAGAGGUUGGAUAUAAAACAAGUAUCUGAUGGGGUCCAGCAUGUUCCGGGGAUAGUUGAAGCAAAGGUCGAGAAUAUUAAGCAGGCCUGGGAUGUUUUGCAGGCUGGAAGCAAUGCAAGGGCCGUGGGGUCAAACAAUGUGAAUGAACGUAGUAGCCGAUCUCAUUGCAUGCUUUGCACAAUGGUCAGAGCAAAGAACUUGGUAAAUGAUGAGUGCACUAUGAGCAAGCUAUGGCUUGUGGACUUGGCAGGCAGUGAGAGGCUGGCAAAAACAGAGGUUCAAGGGGAACGACUCAAGGAAGCUCAAAAUAUAAACAGAUCACUUUCAGCUCUUGGGGAUGUUAUUUCUUGUUUGGCAAAUAAGAGUAGUCAUAUUCCAUACAGAAACUCGAAGCUCACACAUUUACUCCAGGAUUCGUUGGGAGGUGAUUCGAAAACCCUUAUGUUAGUGCAAAUCAGCCCUUCUGAGCAUGACAUAGGAGAGACUCUGAGUUCUCUAAACUUCGCAACUCGGGUUCGAGGGGUUGAGUUGGGUCCUGCGAAGAAGCAGAUUGAUAUGGGUGAGCUUCAAAAGUUCAAAACAAUGCUUGACAAAGCAAAGCAAGAAUUGAGAUCUAAAGAUGAUGCCAUGCGCAAGCUAGAAGAGGGUUUUCAAAAUGUAGAAGGUAAGGCCAAAGUCAAGGAUCAGCUUUUCAAAAACCAACAGGAAAAGGUCAAUGAACUAGAGAGUCAACUUGCAUCAAAGACAGAGUUAUGCAGACAGCUAGAGAAGCAGCUGUUACAACUUUCAGAAGGAAAGAAGGAAAAGGAAGAAAUUUGCUCAGAUUUCCAGCAGAAGGUCAACGAGCUUGAGAAGAAGCUGAAAGAGCAGGAAGAAGCAGCGUCUAUGAAUCUUCAUUGCAAGGUCAAGGAGCUUGAAAACAGAAUGAAAGAGAGAACACAGGAGUUCGAGCUUCAUACAAAGAGUCUCCAACAAAAGGUCAAGGAGCUUGAAAACAGAAUGAAAGAGAGAACACAGGAGUUCGAGCUUCAUACAAAGAGUCUCCAACAAAAGUUGAAGGAAGCUGAAAACAAACUAUGGGAGAAAGAAAAUUCCGAAUCUCAGUCACUUCAACACAAGAUCAAUGUUCUUGGAGAAGGGCUAAGACAACAUGAACAAGGAGAUUGUUUGCCAAGGCCACCCUCUGCUGAAAAGUCAGAAGCCACUCCAGUUUUGUCAAGAAUGGAAAACAUAUAUGACGUUGAUCCACUUGGUCAAAAAAGCUUAAACUCCACGAACCGAACAAUAAACCAAGAACCUAGCUUACUCCAUGGAAAUACAUCCCUCCGUGAAUUGAGGAGGAAAGGAGACAUUAAGAGCAGAGGGAUGGAGAAUAAUUUCUUGAUAUCAGCUUCUUCGCUCGAGAAGAAGAGAUUGCCAUCUGAAUCAAGCAAGGCAAAGCAUCUUGACUCUUCUAGAGCAUCGGCAAAGAUUACAACAAGUACAAAAUCAAUUCGUGGUGCUCAGAAGACAACCUCCAAUACUGCAAACAGAAUCAACAAAGAUCAAGGUGCAGGAGCAAGAGAUAACAAAUUCAAAGUUUGGUUGAGGUGAAAGUUUUAUUGCCUUUCCAGCUGAUGUGAUUUGUAAAACUGCCAGUGAUGAUUCUUUUCAAGCUCUUUCUUAUAUGUUAGCAGAACAUAGAUUAGGUGAAGGUCGUUCGAAUGUACUUGCAAUUUCUCAUUUAGAGAAAUGAAAGUGAUUUAAUGAAAACACAUGUCAAGAUAUAUGUGAAAAGAAGUGUGUGGAUUUUUUUUA